UUGGUAGUUGCAUGUAUACAUAGUUUGCCGCCACGAUUGUUGCCCUAGCUAUAACAUUUGUAUAUUUAAGUUAUUUAUGCAAAUCCAAGUCGAAAAAGAUAGAAUGUGUUUUUCUUGUGAAUAAUAAAAGCACUUGUUUUUCGUCGUCAUUCCUUAUUGCUUUGUCUGUUACUUAAGAGACGAAAUGAAUAAAUAGUAUACAUGUACAUAAAGUGCGUAAUAUAUGAUAUUAAUUAAUAUCUAAUUAUUAAUUUAUUAUUUCAAUGGAACGUAACGAUAAUGACUAAAAAUGGUAUAACACAUAUGUAUGAGGAUAUUAAUAUUAACUAAAUUGGUCAAGAGGUAUUUGUACAACAAUAAUAACUAUAUCUAAUAUAAUGCAAGAUGGAUAUUAAUUACAACAAUAUAUAAGUUUUUACAAUAUAUAAAAAGACAAUUUUUAUGACUAUUUGUAAUAAUGGAUUUAAAUAUUGACAUGACAUCAACUGAAACAUCUAAUGUACUAUCUUCAGUACAAAAUGAUACUAGUAUAAAGAUUGAUAAUAAAAAUGAAAAUUCCACAGAAAAAUCGAUGUGUGAAAUUACAGAAGCUAAUGAAGAAAAUGUUAGUGAAAGUACUCAAUCGAAUAAAAUAAAUAGUGAUAAGGAUAUAAUUAUUGAUACAACAAAAUCAAAUAUCGAAAACACAAAUAUGAAAGAAACUAUAAGUGAUUCAAACAUAUGUGCAGAUAAAAUUUCUGAAGAACAUAAUAUAAAAAUACAGGAAUCUACUUCAGAAAUUACUGAUAAACAUAUGGAUAAGUCUCUUACAAAUAAAGAAACUAUCAGUCUAGCAAUUCCUGAUGCCAAUGUCUCAACCGAAAUUUCAAAUGAACAAUUAGAAACUAAUAAUUUAAUAAAUGAACAAAGUAUUAAUGAUCUAGAGGAAACAACAUCACAAAAUACUAAUCUAAAGACCAUUGAAGAUCGAUAUUUAGAAGAAAAUGUAAACACAGCAGAUGCAGCUGAUGUAAUAGUGCAAGAAUCUGCAAUAAGUAUGAAUAGUACAGAAUUAACUUCGAAUAAUACAGAUACAAAAAAUAAAAACUUAAAUGUUGUACAAGAAGAUAUUGAUGUUUCAAAUAUAGAUCAGGGAACUUCUGAUAAAAAUGUAUCUGUACCAGAAAACACUGAAUUUGUACAAUUUUCACAAGAUAAACAUGGUGAUUCGCAAAUUGAAAAUCAAUCUAUAGAUGCAGAAGAUCCUUUUGCUGGAGACAAUUUGACUUCUGAAAAUGUUGAGUCAAUGGAUGUAGAUAGUCCUUUGGAAACAAAUGUUGAUUUUUCAAAGCUGUGCGAACAAGGCGAUAUUCUUCAGAAUAUUGAUUUUAAUACCAAAUUAAAUAAUAGUAACAAAGUGAAUUCAUUACAAGAGGAUGAAAGAGAUAAGAUUUCUCUGGAUAAUGUAGAUCACUCAACUAUUUCAAAAAAAUGUUUUGAAUCUAUGCCAGAUAAGUUAGAUUCAUCUAUAACAAUUAAUGCAGAAAAUAAAAAUAUUCUAUCAGAGGUAGACAUAUUGUUAACAGAUACUGCAGAAUCUAUUAAUGAGUGUAAUAAAAAUGUAAAGAAGGAUGCAGAAGGUGAAACAACGAUAGAAACAGAAGAAGAACAAUCUAAUAUAUUGCCUGGACAAGAUGAUGAAUUGUGUAUUAUUCCAGAUAGUAUGAAAAUGAUAGUACCAGAAACAGUAACAGAAAAAGAAAAUAACGAUAAAAAUAAAUCCACAUUGGAUGAAGUUGUUAUUCAAGAAGAAGGACAAAAAUUAGUUAAUGAAAAUAUUGAAAAUAAUACAGUAAACAAUGAAGAAAAAGCUACGAUAGAAAGUAAUACUAAUAAAGAGCAACUACAAAGUAUGCAAGAAGAGCAUGUAGAUGUAGAAAAAAAUGUGCCAGUAACUGCUGAUGUUAUAAAUCUCGAUGAUGAAUCUAAAAAUUCUGAAAUAGAAGAAAUCUUAUUGAAACAUAAAUGCAAACAGUGUAAUGAAGAAACAUCAUGCAAAUUUAAAGUAAAGAUUGGUACUGAUACUUUUAAUGUAUGUUCUAAAACAUGCAAAACAUUAUUUAACUCUGCUAAUAAUAAAGCAACUGACAUACCAAGUGAUACGGUUAAUUCAAAAAGAGAUAAACGCUGUGCAAAUUGCUUAUUAAUUAUUGAAUCGAAUGAUGAAAAAAAUCUUUCAUGGGAAACAAUGGAAUUUUGUAAUGAAGAGUGCUUAGGAAAAUUUCAAAACAAAUACGGAAGCUAUUGUAGAAAUUGCAAUGGUUCUGUUCAAGCAGUAAGUUUAGGAAAAUAUUGUGUACGUUUUGGUUAUGAUGUCAGGCAAUUCUGUUGCUCUACCUGUUUAGAAGAGUUUAAAAAAGGUUUGAAAGUAUGUAGUUACUGUCAAAAAGAUAUAAGUUCAGGUGUAGAAGGUUUUUUAGCUCCUGUAGGUGAUAAAGGACAGUUUAAAGAUUUUUGUACCCAAAACUGCAUGGAAAAAUAUUCAAAAAUGAGCUCUACUGAGCUUCCUAAUAUAGAAAAGAAAUCUUGUAGUGUUUGCCAAGAGGAAAAACUUGUACAUUGUGAAGUUCAAUUAGAUAGAGCUGAUCCAGUAGCUAUAUGUAGUGAGCCGUGUUUUGCAGCAUUUAAGUUUGUAAACAAAGUUGAUCCAGACCAAUGUUCUACUUGCAAACAAUUUUUCGAAUUACAAAAUAAGAAAAGUUUUGUUAUCUUUUAUGAAAAUGAAGCCCAUACAUUUUGUAACAAGACAUGUUUAAAUAUAUUUAUAAUUACUAAUAGAAAAAUAGUACCUUGUAAUUGGUGCAAAGUAAAAAAAUAUAAUUUUGACAUGAUCAAAAAAGAAUUAAAAAAUGGGCAACUUAUGAUGAUGUGUAGUUUAAAUUGUUUAACAUUAUACCAGGUAUCUAUUAAUGCUGUAUCAGCAAAACGUAUAAAUUGUGACUUUUGCAAAGAAUUUUCUCAAGCACAAUAUCAUUUAACAAUGUCAGAUGCAACAAUACGUAAUUUUUGUUCAUACAAUUGUGUUAUGAAUUUCCAAUCUCAAUAUACAAAAUCUCCGAUAACAAUACCAUCAAGUGAUGAUCCUGUUCCGACAGGGAUGCCAAAGCGAACAAUGCCACAAAGGACUACAAAUCAGAGUACAUCAAAAGUAAAUGAAAUACAAAAUAAAAAAAAUUUGCCAGUUAUAUCUUCGGUAACAAGUUUAGCGACAAUAGGAAAUGGACAAGCUAAUUCAUCUGCUACACAAAAUAACGUAAAUGCAACAGUUCAAAAUCAAGUGCCACAAAUCAUUUAUAAGCAACAGAUUAUCACAAGACCGCAUAGUCCAGCAAAUAUUCAUAAUAAAAUUACCCAAUGCAAACCUUUAACGCAUACAAAAGGUGUUUCUGUACGUCCACACCCUUGCAAUAAGUCGACACAAACAGAAGAAACUCAACAAAUGGUUAUUCCGAUACCAGUACCAAUAUAUGUUCCAUAUCCUGUACAUAUGUUUAGUAUGCCUUUUCCAAUACCAUUACCUUUUCCAUUGCCUAUACCUGUUCCAGUUUUUAUACCUACAACAAGAAAUAGUGCUAAAGGAAUUUUUAAAGACAUUAAAAGGAUACAAGAAAAAAUACCAGCUGAUCCUUUUGAAGCUGAACUUCUUAUGAUGGCUGAAAUGGUAGCUACAGAAAAAAAAAAUAAUGAGACUGAUUCUGAUUCUGUAGAAGAGAGAGAUGACGAUGGAGGUGAUCAUGAUAAUACGCAUAGUGAUGGUUUUAAUCCAGAUGGUGUCGAUUCUAACAAUACUUUUGGUGAUAUGUUACAAAUGGCAUUAAAAAUGGCUACUGGAGAAUUGGAUGAACCAGCAGUUGACCUAGAAGCUGCUUUAACUCCAAAUACAAUAACAGCAACUCCAACUCCAGCACAAUCUGAAGCACCUUUAGAUAACGAUGUUCCAAUAGAACGUUCAAUAUCUUCCCGUGGCAGAAAACGAGUAGUUCCAUAUAAAUCUCGACCUACUCCAAAUAAGAAAAGUAGACGUGUUUCUGCUGCUAAUGAUAUACCACUCAUACCACCUCCGGAACCUCAGCCACCACCUCAACCAAGAAUUAUGGAACCUAUUGAAAAGCCGGAUGCAAAUAUGACUUUAAAAUAUACAUUUGGAGUUAAUGCUUGGCGACAAUGGGUAGUAGCAAAAAAUGCAGAAUUAGAAAAACAAAGUACACCAUUAAGGAAAAUGAAACUGUUUAAAACAGAUCUUUUACAACUUACAGCAGAUGAGUUGAAUUACUCACUGUGUCUUUUUGUAAAAGAAGUAAGAAAACCAAAUGGUGCCGAGUAUGCUCCUGAUACAAUAUACUACCUUUGUUUGGGAAUACAGCAAUAUUUAUUUGAAAAUAAUAGAAUAGAUAGUAUUUUCACAGAUUCAUAUUACGAAAAAUUCACAGAUUGCUUAAACGAGGUUGCUAAGAAAUUUUCUGCUCUUUAUAGUGAUACACAAUAUAUUGUAACAAGAGUAGAGGAAGAACAUCUUUGGGAAUGUAAACAAUUAGGUGCACACUCACCACAUGUACUUUUAAGUACACUUAUGUUUUUUAACACUAAACAUUUUAAUCUUGUGACUGUAGAAGAACAUAUGCAACUAUCCUUUUCUCACAUAAUGAAACAUUGGAAACGAAAUCCAGCAGCACAACCUGCUACAGUUGCCGGAAAAGCUCCAGGUUCAAGGAAUGUACUUUUAAGAUUUUAUCCUCCGCAGUCAGCUCUAGAAGCUAAUUCACGCAAAAAGAAAGUUUACGAACAACAAGAAAAUGAAGAAAACCCUUUAAGAUGUCCUGUCAAACUAUAUGAAUUUUAUUUAUCUAAGUGUCCGGAAAGUGUUAAAACACGCAACGAUGUAUUCUAUUUAUUACCAGAAAGAAGUUGUGUACCCGAUAGUCCAGUAUGGUAUUCGACUUCACCACUUGCCAAGGAACACUUGAUAAAAAUGUUAUAUCGCGUUAAAAUGGUUAAAGAAAUUAACGUAGCUUUAUUAACUAGUUAGUUAUACUUUCACCAAUUUUAUUUUUAUUAAUAGAAAAAAAUUCAUUGUUUUUUUUUAUGUAUGUUAUGCUAAAA